AUGCUGCUUGAGGUGUUACGGAUCAUCCAACUAGAGACGAGAAACUUUUGCCAACGACUAGACGUAGACGCGAAACGGCGGCCGAGUCACCCGCUGCCCGCCGGCGGCGCGGCUGCCGGCCGGGUUCGGCGCGCGGCCGCCAGGGGCGCGGCGGUCGCCCCCCUCGGCCGGCGGGGUCCUUCAGGGCGGCGACGGCGGCGCCGGCAGACGCAGCCCGCCGGUCCGGCGCUCGCCUUCGCCAUGUGGAGCCGGGUGCGCGUGUGGUGCCGCGGCUCGGCGUGGGCAGCGCGAGCGCUGCCGCACCAGCACCAGAAGCAGCCGCCGCCGCCCCCGCCGCCGCCGCCGUCGCCGCGCGGCCUGCCGCUGCUCGGCACCACGCUGGACCUGCUGGCCGCCGGCGCCGCCCCCCGCCUGCACCGCUACGUCGACCGGCGGCACCGCGAGCUGGGGCCCGUCUUCCGAGACUCCAUAGGGCCCGUCGACGCCGUCUUCGUCGCCGACGCCAACGAGAUGCGGCGCGUCUUCUCCGUCGAGGGCCGCUACCCCGCCCACAUCGUGCCCGAGUCCUGGCUGCUCUACAACGAGAUCUACGGCUACAAGCGGGGGCUCUUCUUCAUGGACGGCGAGGAGUGGCUGCGCUUCCGGCGGCUGCUGAGCGGCCAGCUGCUGCGAGCCGGCAGCGUCCCCGAGCUGCUGGUGGCGCCGUGCCGCGCUGUCGCCGAGAACUUCGCCUCGGAGCUGGCGGCCGGCCAGGUGGUGCCCGACCUCGAGGGCCACAUGUACCUCUGGGCCACCGACGUACUGGUGGCGGUGCUGCUGGGCGAGCGCCAGUACUCGGCGAUGCGCUCGGAGCUGCGGGCGCCGACGGGGCAGCUGGCGGCCGCGGUGCACCGCGUCUUCGGCGAGUCUGCGCGCCUCUCUCUGGUGCCGGCGCGGCUGGCGCGGCUGCUGCGGCUGCCCGCCUGGAGGGACUUCGUGGACGCCGUCGGCGCCGCUCUCGCCCAGGGUAACGCGAUGGUGACGCAGCUGAUCCCGGCGUGCGAGGGCGGCGCCGGGCUGCUGGGCCGGCUCCUGGCCGCCGGCGUCUCCCACGACGACGCGCGCCGCCUCGUCGUCGACCUGCUGCUCGCCGCCGGCGACACCACGGCGUACUCGACGCUGUGGCUGCUGUACCUGCUGGCGAAGCACCCGCCGGUGCAGGAGGAGCUGCACCGGGAGCUGACGCGGGCGCCCGCCGCGGGGGCGGAGGAGGCGGCGCGGCUGCCGCUGGCCAGGGGCGCCAUGCGGGAGGCCCUCCGCCUCUUCCCCGUCGCGCCCUUCCUGUCGCGCUACCUGCCCGAGGACGCCACCAUCGGCGGCUACCACGUCCCGGCCGGGCAACUGGUGGUGCUGUCGCUGUACACGAGCGGCCGCAGCGAGCAGUACUUCCCGCAGGCGGAGCGCUUCUGGCCGCAGCGCUGGUUGCGCGACCCCGGGGGCGCCUACCGCGGCGUCGCCGCCAGCCACGCCUCUCUGCCCUUCGCCAUGGGCGCGCGCUCCUGCGUGGGCCAGAAGCUCGCCGAGACGCAGAUGGCGCUCAUCGUGGCCGAGAUUACGAAGAGGUUCCGGCUGGAGCUGGCCGACGAGGAGGAGCCGGAGAUGGUGCUGAGGCUGGUCUCGGUGCCGUCGAAGCCCAUCACAGUGCGCCCGGUGCCGCGGCACUGAGGCGGUGACGUCACGUCGCGGGAGGCGGCCGGCCAACUCUUCAUCCUUCAUAUGUACCUGCGUGUGUGAGAGUGACUAGGAGCGAUAUGGCGAGAGCGCUGACGUGUCCUAGUAUGACGCCGUUUCUCCGGAAACAGGAAGCUGACCGACGAAAUUACAUACUACGAUCUCAGUCGAAACCACAUCCCUCUCGAGGACCUAAUUAUUUAUUUUAUGGAUAUCACCGCUGUACCUAAUGUUCAAUGUGUUACCAUUGUAAUUAUACUCAUGAAUAAAAAUCACGUCUAGUGUCCCAUUUA